AUGGAGAAGGCGUCUACCUCCCAGACCCAAACUGGUACUGCUGAUGGCUCUGCCUUCUAUGUUCUGGUGGACGUGCUGACGACGUAUGCCCAGAUAGAGAUGAAGAGAGUUGUUGGAGACAAUGCCACGCUUCCCUGCCACCAUCAGUUCUGGGUGGGUGAUGACCCCACUCUGGACAUUGAGUGGCUUCUUCUCAAGCCAACCAACAGGCAGAGAGUGGUGAUCACCUACUUUGCCGGGCGGGUUUUUGACCCCAAUGAAGCAGAACGCGGCCGCGUGGCCUUUGCUGGGGAGUACUUAAAAGGCGAUGCCUCUCUGCUGAUCAGUGACUUGUCUCUGACGGACUCAGGAGAGUACAGCUGCAAAGUCAAGACCGGCGCGCAAUACCACUGGAGCACUAUCAGCCUCAUAGUGCUGGUGAAGCCAUCCAAGCCGCAGUGCUGGAUGGAGGGCAAACUGUUGGAGGGCGGUGAUGUUAAGAUGAGCUGCAAGUCUGCUGAUGGCUCUGAUCCCAUCCACUACAAAUGGGAAAGGGUACUGGACAAGGGCAAGUAUGUUGGCAAGCUGCCUCCAUUGGCCCUGAUAGAUUUGAAAAACCCUGAAAUUGUGACGCUGAGGAACUUGACCAAGGACAGCACUGGUGUCUACAAAUGCACAGCCAGCAACGAUGUGGGAGAAGAGAGCUGCACCGUGGAGGUGAAGAUGCACUAUGUAAGGGGAAUGGGUGUGGUAGCAGGGGCAGUGGUUGGUGUGUCGUUCGGUGUCCUCCUCAUCAUCGUCAUCAUCUGGUUGGUCUGUCGCAAGAAGGAGAUGAAGAAAUACGAAGAGGAAGAUACCCCAAAUGAAAUCAGGGAGGAUGCGGAAGCUCCCAAAGCCAAACUGGUGAAGCCCAACUCCCUCUCCUCAUCCCGCUCUGGCAGCUCUCGCUCAGGAACCUCCUCCACCCAAUCCAUGGUACACAACAUGGGGCCCCGAGGCCAACGAGGCUGUGUUCCUGCUGUGGCGGCCCUCAAGGAAAACUGUCAAGCCUCCACCUUCCCUCAAUCUCCACUUGGCUACAAUCAGACAGUUCCCAAGACUCCUGAACCCCGUUCUACACCCACCUCUACUUCUACCUCCAACUCGAAGCCCAGCCCUCCCCCGAAACUGAGCCCUGGGAACCUGACCCGCAUGGGGGCCACUCCUGUUAUGAUCCCUGCCCAAACAAAGGCCUUCCAGACUGUGUAGAAGAGAUGGCGAAGGAAACUGUAAUCACACAGAGGAAAAUACCCAUGGCAGCCUCAGGACAUGGCAACCAGCUGAACCCAAGAAUUAGACUCUGACACAAAUCCAGUUUUACCAUUUAGAUACAUUCUUAGAGUUCACAUUGUUCCUCUACAUUAAAGGAACAAGCUUCUUCUGGCGUUGUUCAUGGACACACUGCAACAUGUGAGGUGAAGG